AUGGAUACAGAUAUCAUCCGGCAUGUUGGGAGUUAUCCCAGCAAAACCGAUCAGUUGCAAGCUGAAUUCCACCAAACAAAUUCGGCGGGAUGGGGCCCAGUGCCGUCUGUUACCACUCCAACAGGCUUAAGCGGCCCCCAGAAUGUCAUGGGCACUUAUCUUCGUAGCUGUGACCCCCUGCUCGACGACAGCCAGCUCGAUGAUAGCCAGCUACACAGCGUCGCGCCUUUUCCCGGACCCCCGCUCGACAACGUCCAGCUCGACGACAGCCAGCUACGCAGCGUCGCGGUAGAGACCGACCAAGAGAGAACGCGGUUCAACCCGCUGGCAAGCAAUGCACUAUUCAGCCUUUUCCCGGACCCCCAGCUCGACAACGUCCAGCUCGACGACAGCCAGCUACGCAGCGUCGCGGUAGAGACCGACCAAGAGAGAACGCGGUUCAACCCGCUGGCAAGCAAUGCACUAUUCAGCCUUUUCCCGGACCCCCAGCUCGACAACGUCCAGCUCGACGACAGCCAGCUACGCAGCGUCGCGGUAGAGACCGACCAAGAGAGAACGCGGUUCAACCCGCUGGCAAGCAAUGCACUAUUCAGCCUUUUCCCGGACCCCCAGCUCGACAACGUCCAGCUCGACGACAGCCAGCUACGCAGCGUCGCGGUAGAGACCGACCAAGAGAGAACGCGGUUCAACCCGCUGGCAAGCAAUGCACUAUUCAGCCUUUUCCCGGACCCCCAGCUCGACAACGUCCAGCUCGACGACAGCCAGCUACGCAGCGUCGCGGUAGAGACCGACCAAGAGAGAACGCGGUUCAACCCGCUGGCAAGCAAUGCGCUAUUCAGCCUUUUCCCGGGCUCCCAGCUCGACAACGUCCAGCUCGACAACGUCCAGCUCGACGACAGCCAGCUCCACAGCGUCGAGGUAGAGACCGACGAAGAGAGGACACGUUUCAACCCGCUGGAGAGCAAUGCGUUGUUCAGUCCAUUUUUUAAUUCCCAGUUCCACAGCAAUACGACACAAUUUGGUCUCAAUUCGACCGAAAUCGAUUGUGCGACGAGUGAAGUUUUUUAG